GUCUUCACUGUACGUGUUUCGUUUCCGUAUAUUGUCCGAAGAGUGCACGUUAGUGACAAUAUAGGCCUAUCAUAAGGUGUAAUGAGUUAGAAAAGAAGUAAGAUGGACACAACUGCUGUUAUAAAAACUGACGUCUCACAGCCCCAAGAGAAAACACCACAGCCCAAAUAUAAGGAGAGUGUGACCAGUACAGCAAGUACACAGUCAACAGGCAAAAAGACAACGAAAAGCAAGACUAAGCCUCUUUAUUUCUGGACAUGUGCUGAUGUCAAUAAAUGGCUGAAGAAACACUGCAGUCAGUUCCAUGGCAUUUAUGGUGACCUACUUCUACAGCAGGAAGUCACGGGAAGAACUUUGAUUCGUAUGAAUGAAAUAAAACUAGAACGAAUAGGAAUUGCCAAAGCAGAACAUAGGAAUGAAUUUAUGCAGUACAUAUUACGUCUUAGACUUCGGCAUGAAACCGGAGAUUUAAAGAAUUUAGACCAGAAAGGUACUGGUUUUGAACUCAAACUACCAGAGAAAUCCCGAAAUACCAAAGAGCUGAAAGACAAACAUCCGCCGUAACAAACAACCAUUGUAGGCAUGUGAUAUAGACACCUUGAAUAUCCCGUAUCAAUCUCAUCUAUAGAGUAGCUGUUAACAGGACUAAUUGAAAUGUUGCCACUAACAUAUCCACCACCCAAGUGACUGACAGACAGUGGAAUGAAUGCAGUAGUGAUGGAUGGAGAGUUCAUGUGACUCCAGAAUGCUGAAAGUGAUAUUUACUGUUAGACUUUUAUCCUCCAUUUGAACUUUUUAAUGAUCAUAAUAAGUUUGUAAUUUUAGAUUCAAGUGUGAUAAGGAGAAGUGAUGACCUACAUUGGAGCUUUUGCUAGUAGCACCCUCACACUAGAAAAAGUAAUGCUCUACCAAUCCAGCUAAAGACUUAUGUUGCAUCAGCUGAGUGACAGACAGUAUGUAACACUAUAUACAAGCCACACCGCCCUGUCAACUGAGUGACAGACUGUAUUUAACACUAUAAACAAAACACACUGACCUGUCAGCUGAGUGACAGAGACUGUAUUUAACACUAUAUACAAGCCACACUGUCCCAUCAGCUUAGUGACAGAGACUGUAUUGAACACAAUACAAGCCACACUGACCUGUCAGCUGAGUGACAGACAGUAUGUAACACUAUAUACAAGCCACACCGCCCUGUCAACUGAGUGACAGACUGUAUUUAACACUAUAAACAAGUCACACUGACCUGUCAGCUGAGUGACAGAGACUGUAUUUAACACUAUAUACAAGCCACACUGUCCCAUCAGCUUAGUGACAGAGACUGUAUUGAACACAAUACAAGCCACACUGACCUGUCAGCUGAGUGACAGAGACUGUAUUGAACACAAUACAAGCCACACUGUCCCAUCAGCUUAGUGACAGAGACUGUAUUUAACACUAUAUACAAGCCACACUGUCCCAUCAGCUGAGUGACAGAGACUGUAUUGAACACAAUACAAGCCACACUGACCUGUCAGCUGAGUGACAGAGACUGUAUUUAACACUAUAUACAAGCCACACUGACCCGUCAGCUGAGUGACAGAGACAGUAUCUAACACUAUAUACAAGUCACACUGACCUGUCAGCUGAGUGAUAGAGACAGUAUCUAACACUAUAUACAAGUCACGCUGACCUGUCAGCUGAGUGACAGAGAUUGUAUUUAACACUAUAUACAAGUCACACUGACCUGUCAGCUGAGUGACAGAGACAGUAUCUAACACUAUAUACAAGUCACACUGACCUGUCAGCUGAGUGACAGAGAUUUUAUUUAACAAUAUAUACAAGCCACACUGACCUGUCAACUGAGUGACAGAGACUGUAUUUUACACUAUACAAGACACACUGACCUGUCAGCUGAGUGACAGAGACUGUAUCUAACAAUAUAUACAAGCCACACAAACCAGUUCUUUUACAGUGACAUGUAGAUUCCAGUUAAUAUAUAUCUUCAUUAGAGACUAUAUAAAAAAUUGUUUGGUUUUCCUUUCUUUAUUGUUUUGUGUACUCUUUAUUUAUUGAUCCAUUUGAAAAACUGAUUCUGUUGUCUGUCCAUCAUCCAUCUGUGGUCCAGCAUCAAGUUUUUCUUUUAAACAACUUCCCUAUAAUCAAUGGAGCAAAUGUUUUGAUAUUUGAUUUAUAUGUUCCAAGGAUAAAUCCUGACAAAGUUUGCAAAAAGAAAUGACCUUGACCUAUGUGCAAGGUCACAGGGAUCAAAUUUGUUAAAACCUUUGAAUGACUUCUCAUAAACUAAAAAGGUCUAGAUGCAUGAUAUUUGUCUGGUAUGUUCCCUGGAUGAAGACUGACAAAGUUUGCAAAAAGAGAUGAGCUUGACCCUUAUACAAGGUCACAGAGGUUGAAUUUGUCAAAACCUGUGCAAUGGUGUACAUAUUAAUAUAUCUGUGAUUAACACUGAUUCUAUUUGUGGUGAACAUUGAAUACCAGGUGAGUUAUGCAGGCCAAUUAGACCUCUUUUUGAAAUUCUAACUGGGUUGAGUUUAUUGUAAGACAAUAAAAUCAAAUUUUUAGCUCAUAUGAGAGUCUCAUAUUGACCUAUUGCGAUCACCUUUAUCCAGUGUCGUGCGUUAGUGCAUCACACAUCCAUAAACUUUUAACAUUUUGACUUCUCAAAAAAACCUGAACCAGUUUCAGUGAAAUUUUGCAGAAACCUUCUCUGGUAAAAUAGUGAAUUAUACAGUCGCCACCUCACAGGGGCCUGAGGGGUGGGGCUAAAAGUGAUAAAUGGAUUCAAAUUUUAAAAAUCUUCUCAACACUCAGAUAUGAUAGAAUCAAAUGCUCUUACACAUGGAAACAUCUUAAGGUGCUUUACCAAAAUUGUGAAUUUCAUGGCCCAAGGGUCUCACAUUACCCAUGGGAAGCUAUCAAAGUUUACACUGAUUUAUAUCACAAGAAUUGAUUUUUGAGCAUAAUUUGUUUAAUAUCCAAUGGAACUAUUUCAACCUAAGUUAGAAUUUUGAGCAAAGAAUGACGUUCUGAUGGUAUGCUCCAGGGGCUGAUGGGCGGGGCCAAAAUGGUGAAAUUGACUCAGAUAUGAUCUACUCAAAAAUGCCCUUCAUGGAUGGAAGCAUCUUAAGGUGCUUUACAAAAACAGGUCUCACAUUUCAUGACACCUGAAAGCUACUUACCAUUUCACUCUUUAUUGCUUAUCUCUAGGCCUUAUCUCACUGAUUGAAUCCCAUUUUUCUAUUAUAAAUUCAUUGUAUUAUUUCCUGGACUCCUGGAAAAAAUUAACCAAACAACCAUGAACACAUGUACACAUGCAUUCCUUUGUUUUCGAAGAUAGUUGUCAUACUCUCUGAUUGUCACUAAUUUUAUCAUAUUUUUCUCUGUAAAUUCAAUAUUUAAUCUAUUACGUACAAACUUGCUAUAUAUACAGGUCUGAAGUCUUUGUAUAAUGAGAUUUCUUUGUAAUUUUCUUUGAAAUUGACACUUUAACCUCUUAUUGCUUGAUAUCUAUUUUUAGAUAUUAAUGUACAGCUGUACCAAUGUGCUGUUCUGGAUGAUGGUGGGUUAUUCAAAUAGCCAUACGUCCGUGAUCCCUCCUCCGUCUAUCGGUAAACAAUAUUUUUAUCAAUAUUUCUUGAGAAGUACUGGAUAGAUCUUUCUCAAAUAUCAUAUGUAGAUUUCCCAUGGUUGUGUCCAUUUGAUUUUGGGCCUGAUGAAAAAUCAAAAUGGAUGAUAGGCAACCAUUUUGGUUUUUUUCAAUGAAGUUUAUAAUUAAGAUUUCUUGAAAAGCACAUGAAGGAUCUCUCUCCAUUCUCAUAUGUUGGUUCCCCUGGGUGUGGCCAUCUAAUUUUGGGACUGAUCAGAAAAACAAAAAAAGACAGGUGGCCAUCUUGGAUUUUGUUAUCGCUGUGUCUUGAGAACUAUAGCAUAGAUCUUUCUUGAAUUUCAUGUGUAUCUUUCCCUUGAUCCCUGGUUGUGCUUGUUUGAUUUUGGUACUAAUCAGAAAAAGAAAAUGGCUUACAGGUAGCCAUAUUGGAUUUUGACUUCAAAAGUUUGUUAUUGCUCUUUCAUGUGUAGUUUCCUGUUGAACCCUAGUUCUGCUGGUUUGAUUUUGGGACUGAUCAGAAAAAUAAAAUCGCCGACAGGUGGUCAUCUUGGAUUUUGCCUAGUAAAGUUUGUCAUUGUUUUGGAAUUACCAAAUUGAUCUCUAUCAUAUUUCAUGUGUAGGUUUCCCUUGGUCCCUAGUUUUGCCUAUUUUGAUUUUUGGACUGAUCAGAAAAAACAAAAUGGCUUCCAGUUGACCGUCUUGGAUUUGGCAGUUACAGAUUAUUAUCCCUAUUAAUGUUCAAAUUUCUUAUCAUUAACAGCAAAAACAUAAAAGAAAAGAGAAAAGAAGGGAAAAGAUCAAAUUUUCAAAGAAUAAAUAAAGAUCAAACAAUGGUGGGCACCAAGAUCCCUCAGGGAUCUCUUGUUUAUUUUAAAAAUUCUUUGUGACAUCUAAGUACAUGUAGUGGCCUUUCCAAACAUCAUGUGUAUCAUUAUUAAUAUUAUGAUUUUCAUUUUUUGUUUGGUUUUGUUUGCUUGUUGAUCCUAGAAAGCAAUUUAAGAGUUUCUUCAGGAAGGAAAACUGAUCACCUGCUAAGGGAAAAAUGUCAAGUAAUACAUCAAUUCAUUUUACAUACAACAUAAGAAAUUUGUAGAUAGUUAAUUAUAAAUGUAAUGCAUUUUUUAUGUAUUUUUCACAGAAAAUUAUGAAACAGACUGUAGUUUUUUCUGUUACUCAUAUGUUCAAAGUAUAAUUUUUUUUGUUUCAUUCUAUUUUUGAAAAUAUUAAAGAAUAGAUGCCAAUGAAAUAACAACCUUUAGACUAUCUCUUGUCAAAUAUUCUUUCAUUAGGGAUGGAAUAUCGUAUUAUUUUACAUAAUAUUGAAACCUUACUCAGUUAAAGGAUACCCAACAACUUUUAAAAAAUGUAAACCCUAGACAGCACAAAUUUCCAUGUCUACUAAAAUCCUGUAGGAUAUAAAUAUAUACAGAUUAUUCAUAAAUCUAUUAACUAAGUAGGUAAACGUGUUGUUUUUCUAUUUGAAAAUAAUGUAUUGUGUGGAGGCAGAUUAAUCCUCUUAAAUACAAGCACACAGAAAGUGAGGACAUAUUAUUACGUUGUGAUUGGAUGGUCCUUCUACACAAACAGCUAAACAAAAGGAAGAAUUUCUUUAUAUUUUGUAUUAUUUGUUAAUUCAAGAGUGCAAUAAAUCGUUAGAAUGACA